AAAAUUGGAAUCAUGGAAAUCGGGACUACGAACGGACAACAGGCAACGGAUAAUGAUGUUACGAAUGGUCAGCAAUUAUCUGAAACUCUUUACAUACGAAAUCUAGAGGAAAGAAUUAAGUUAGAAAUGUUGAAAAGAAUUCUCGAACAUCUAUUUGGAAAAUACGGGAAGAUACUUCAUGUUUACGCGAGAAAAACAUUACGGAUGAGAGGACAAGCUUUUGUGGUGUUCGAAGACGGAAGAUGUGCUGCUCAAGCUCUGCAAGAUUUACAAGGCUUCCCUUUGUAUGGGAAACCGAUGUUAAUUCAGUUUAGCAAUUCAAAAAGUGAUAUUGUUGUUCAACGUGAUGAAGGAGAAUUGGUUCUUCAAGAAAACAAGAAAAAGCGUCACGCUGAGCGAGAAAGAAUGCGACAACAGGGAGAAUUACGGCCUAUGCCUCAGCGGUCCGGUCAUCGCAAGGCAACUAAUAAAAAGGUUAAUGCAGGCGAAAAACCGAUGCCUCACGUUGUUGAUGAUUUACUCCCCCCGAACAAAUUGCUGCUUUUGCAGAAUCUGCCGGCUGAAGCAAAUGCAGAGGUACUUACUCAAAUUUUUGGUACUUAUCAAGGUUUUACUGAAGUUCGUAUGGUUCCAGGUCGUCGAGGAAUUGCAUUCGUUGAAUUCGAAAAUGAAAACGACGCUGCAAUUGCUAGGGACAGUACUACUGGUAUGCUCCUGGGCGAAACGUCAAUCAAGGUCUCGUUUGCUAGGAAAGCUUCAUAGUCGCAAAGCGUAUGAUAUUUUCAAGCAAAAAAAUAAUAAUAGGAAACCCGGGUCUUAAGCAUUUGCCGAAUUGAAGUACGACACUAAAUCUUUCAUUCUUUGUCAAUUACUGCAAGGAAAGUACUUUAAAGCCUGUAUAACGUCCACUUUUCCCCUUCAUUAAUGCGAUAGUCUUUUGACGAUCAAGCAAUUCAAGACACCGGAGUAGUAAAUCUUCGUCGAUACAUUCGACGUCUAAACAUUGCUCCUGUAAUUCGUAAAACGUGCAUACGCUAUCGUCACGACCUGUAUCACUUAGCUUUUUGGUGUGUCAGUUUCUGCAUGCUUUGUGAUGCUUUCCACCACUGCAAAUAAUGUUUUAGUUGACCGUACCCAUUGUUUAAUAACUGUGGCCCAUUCAUCGGGCGACUUCCAGAAUAUCCAUGCUGUAUCUGUAGCAUUCCUAUUUCCAUACGACACCCAUUCCGCCUGGUUCUGUUUUGUCAUUUCUUCCACUACUUCUCGAAAAACCUCUAACGGUAGUUGACCUGUACCAUAAACAACCAUUAGUAACUCCAUCUCUUUGACCCAUAGGUUUGGUAUUUACGAUCUAUUUUUGCGUUGAAUAGCAGUGGUGAAUCCAUUAACUCAUUGUUUAACGAUAGCUUUGUGAUUCGAUUUUCCCGACACCACAUCAGUAUCCAAUUCGACCAUGCUCUUUUCUGAAAAUUCCAAGUGUUUUCAUUGAGUUGUUUUGUAAAAAACGGCGGAAAGUCAUAAAUAGCGGGAGGUGAUAUUGCCAUUUUUUCUUAAAUAAAAAAUACGUUUGAUAAAGAGCAAUCUUUCACUUUUGGAGGAGCAUAAAAGAUAAGAGAAUUCGAGGUUUUGUAAUUUCGUCUACCGGUUAACUGGUGGUUAGUACAAGCAUAUAUUACAGAGAAUCAAGAAUUAGCAAAAUAGUCUUAACCUCUUUCACAACUUUAUAUAGACUACGCAUCCGAUCUCGUUUUAUAGCAUUCGAGGUUUUUAUUUUGGUUUCACAUAAAUUAAACCUUUCGCCUUAAUCGUUUGCCAUAUACUAGCAUCAGCAAGACUGAGGACUCAAUUCAAUUGAACAUCAAAACGUUCAUAUCACGGUUUAUAAUAACAAACAAACUCCCUCGCUAAUAACAUCUUAACAGAUACCUGCACCUUGAGGCACGAACAUUAACAACUACAUAACACAAACGAAAACAAUUAUACUUUUAGAGAUGGUAUUUCACAGCAAUUAGGAUAAAAUCAGUGUUGAAUUGAUAUGUAUUGCCGUUACAGAGAAAAGUCGACAAUAUGGAGCAAAAAAAUCAAUGAAAAUCUCCUAUUUUUGAAUGGUUGAAGAGGAGUAGUGAGCCGGAUGGCCUUGUUAAAGAAGACGAUAUAGAAUACAAAGAAUUAGAGCACGUAAGAAAUUUAAAAAGUACAGUGCGGUCUCGCAGGGACAAAUGUCCCAUUAUAGACCGACAAAGAACUCCUUCCUUCCAAGAAGAAAGAAGAGAUAUAAUGUUACAAAGAGUAACUGAACAAGUUCGAGGAAGUCAAUCCAAGGCUCGUUGCCGUUCUUCCAUUUUUUAAUAAGAAUGGUACUUAAAGGUUCCCGUCAAAAAAGGAUAAAAGAGUAUAAACGCCAAAUAUCGAGCAAUUUCCUAAUUGGAAACUGCUUUUCCCGUCUUUGCGAAUUUAGCAAAGGACGGACCUUCAGUAUGGAAAACAGUAUCCCAAAACCAGCUUGUGACACCAAAUCCCGACUUAUAGUUUUUGUAAUGGUGAUCUAAAUGCCAGGUCUUUAGGCGCUUCAAGUAAGUACCCGGCAUGCGGCGAUGAUGAAGGAAGUAAUGAGUUAGGUCGUAGAAAAUGUAGCCCAUAACACCACCGCUGAAAACGGC